AUGGAAGUUAUUUCUCCUCCUCUAACCCACACCGUCUGCCAUCAGUCAGUCAGUGGGAUGCAGGCAGCUACAGUUGUUCUGUACAGGGACAAAGUUUUCUCUCCUCUGCUGUCCCUCUUGAUGUACAAUGUAAAUCCUCCAAAGAGAGUCUUAGUGUCCAUCAGUCCCUCUGGUGAGAUAAUGGAGGGCAGUUCAGUGACUCUGACCUGCAGCAGUGACGCUAACCCACCUGUACAGAGCUACACCUGGUAUAAGGGAAGAUCCUCUAUAAGUACAGGAAACACCUUCACCAUGAGCAGGAUCAGAUCUCAGGACAGUGGAGAGUUCAGGUGCUGGGCUGAGAAUAAACAUGGAGGUCUAUCGUCUACUGUUGUGUCUCUUAAUGUUCUGUAUCCUCCAAAGAGAGUCUCAGUGUCCAUCAGUCCCUCUGGUGAGAUAAUGGAGGACAGUUUAGUGACUCUGACCUGCAGCAGUGAUGCUAACCCACCUGUACAGAGCUACACCUGGUAUAAGGGAAGAUACUAUAUAAGUACAGGAAACACCUUCACCAUGAGCAGGAUCAGAUCUGAGGACAGUGGAGAGUUCACGUGCAGGGCUGAGUUUUUUCUUUGUAUCCUUACUGUCUUGUCUGUUUUAGAUCCUCCAAAGAGAGUCUCAGUGACCAUCAGUCCCUCUGGUGAGAUAGUGGAGGGCAGUUCAGUGACUCUGACCUGCAGCAGUGACGCUAACCCACCUGUACAUCGCUACACCUGGUAUAAGGUGAAAGAAAGCUCACCUGUAGGAUAUGGACCGAGUUACAGCUUUACACUGACCUCCAGCAGCAGUGGAUGGUUUUACUGUGUGGCUCAGAAUAUAUACGGGAGUCAGAAAGCACCUGAAGUGGUUCUCACAUUAAAUGAGGGCAAGAGUGUACUUCUGUUUGUUGUUCUUGGAGUGAUUUUUGGAUGUUCACUUGCCAUCGUUGUGGUUUUAUACAUGAGGAGAAAGAGAACAAGAGUUUCAGCUGAUAAUGUCGAGUCUAGUCAGAACGUUUCCUCCAGUCCUCCUGAUGACUCGUACACAGGUCUUGAUCUUCAGACCAGGUCCAACGGCAUGUACUACACACUUGCAACGGUCCACUCGAGUCUUCCUGAUUCUCGGUCCAUCUUUCAUGUUUACAACAAUGAUUCAGAGAUAAUCAUCUCUAAACAAGUGGAGAGUUUAUACUGUAUGAGGCUUUCUCACUGUCUGCAUCAUCAAGACAUUUCUGUAUUCUGUGUUGCAGGAGUCGUGUCCCAGAUGUUCUGGCCUCGUAUCAAUCUCUGGGUGGAGAUGAUUCCUGGUAGAGUUGUUGAGGGAGAUGAAGUUACUCUCACAUGUAAAACCUCCUACAGUUUGACGUACACCCCAAUAUUCAUAUGGUACAAAGAUGGAAGUUAUUUCUCCUCCUCUAACCCACACCGUCUGCCAUCAGUCAGUCAGUGGGAUGCAGGCAGCUACAGUUGUUCUGUACAGGGACAAAGUUUUCUCUCCUCUGCUGUCCCUCUUGAUGUACAAUGUAUAGAUCCUCCAAAGAGAGUCUCCGUGUCCAUCAGUCCCUCUGGUGAGAUAAUGGAGGGCAGUUCAGUGACUCUGACCUGCAGCAGUGAUGCUAACCCACCUGUACAGAGCUACACCUGGUAUAAGGGAAGAUCCUCUAUAAGUACAGGAAACACCUUCACCAUGAGCAGGAUCAGAUCUCAGGACAGUGGAGAGUUCAGGUGCUGGGCUGAGAAUAAACAUGGAGGUCUAUCGUCUACUGUUGUGUCUCUUAAUGUUCUGUAUCCUCCAAAGAGAGUCUCAGUGUCCAUCAGUCCCUCUGGUGAGAUAAUGGAGGACAGUUUAGUGACUCUGACCUGCAGCAGUGAUGCUAACCCACCUGUACAGAGCUACACCUGGUAUAAGGGAAGAUACUAUAUAAGUACAGGAAACACCUUCACCAUGAGCAGGAUCAGAUCUGAGGACAGUGGAGAGUUCACGUGCAGGGCUGAGUAUAAACAUGGAGGUCUAUCGUCUACUGCAGUGUCGCUUAAUGUUCUGUAUCCUCCAAAGAGAGUCUCAGUGACCAUCAGUCCCUCUGGUGAGAUAGUGGAGGGCAGUUCAGUGACUCUGACCUGCAGCAGUGACGCUAACCCACCUGUACAUCGCUACACCUGGUAUAAGGUGAAAGAAAGCUCACCUGUAGGAUAUGGACCGAGUUACAGCUUUACACUGACCUCCAGCAGCAGUGGAUGGUUUUACUGUGUGGCUCAGAAUAUAUACGGGAGUCAGAAAGCACCUGAAGUGGUUCUCACAUUAAAUGAAGGCAAGAGUGUACUUCUGUUUGUUGUUCUUGGAGUGAUUUUUGGAUGUUCACUUGCCAUCGUUGUGGUUUUAUACAUGAGGAGAAAGAGAACAAGAGUUUCAGCUGAUAAUGUCGAGUCUAGUCAGAACGUUUCCUCCAGUCCUCCUGAUGACUCGUACACAGGUCUUGAUCUUCAGACCAGGUCCAACGGCAUGUACUACACACUUGCAACGGUCCACUCGAGUCUUCCUGAUUCUCGGUCCAUCUUUCAUGUUUACAACAAUGAUUCAGCAACACUGAUGAUGUCACUCAGAUUGACUCCUCCACUUCCUGUUCUGUUACUGCUCAUGGUUUCAGGAGUCGUGUCCCAGUCGAAGUGGAGUGUGACUUAUACGCCGAGCUCCAUCUGUGCUCUAAAGGGAUCGACAGUGAUCAUGGGCUGCACAUACACAUAUCCAACUGAUUACACAGUUCAGAAAACUUUCUGGACCAAACAGUGGGUUAAAGAUGAAGAGCCUCCUGAUCUGUCUUUAGACCCAAAGUACAGAAACAGGAUUCAUUACCUCAAAGACAACCUGAAUGACUGCCGACUCAGACUGAGUGAAGUGUCAGAAGAGGACCAAGGCAAAUACUACUUCAGAUUUAAUACAACAACCUGUGGAAAAAUGUGUGAUGGUAAAGAUAGAGUUGAACUUUCUGUCACAGAUCUCUGGGUGGAGAUGAUUCCUGGUAGAGUUGUUGAGGGAGAUAAAGCUACUCUCACAUGUAAAACCUCCUGCGUUCUGACUGAGACUUCAGUAUUGACCUGGUACAAAGAUGGAAUUUAUUUCUCCUCCUCUAACCCGCUCCAUCUGCCAUCAGUCAGUCAGUGGGAUGCAGGCAGCUACAGAUGUUCUAUACAGGGACAAAGUUUUCUCUCCCCUGGUGUCACUCUUGAUGUACAAUAUCCUCCAAAGAGAGUCUCCGUGUCCAUCAGUCCCUCUGGUGAGAUAGUGGAGGGCAGUUCAGUGACUCUGACCUGCAGCAGUGAUGCUAACCCACCUGUACAGAGCUACACCUGGUAUAAGGUGAAUGAAAGCUCACCUGUAGGAUCUGGACUUAGUUACAGCUUCACACUGACCUCCAGCAGCAGUGGAUGGUUUUACUGUGUGGCUCAGAAUAUAUACGGGAGUCAGAAAGCACCUGAAGUGGGUCUCAUGUUUAAUGGGAGCAGGAGUGUACUUCUGUAUAUAUUUCCUGUAGUCUUUGUUGGAUGUGGAUGUUUAUGUGUAUGGAGAAAGAGAACAAGAGGUUCAGCUGAUAAUGUCGAGUCUAGUCAGAACGUUUCCACCAGUCCUCCUGAUGACACAUACACAGGUCUUGAUCUUCAGACCAGGUCCAACGAUGUGUACUACACACUUGCAACGGUCCACUCGAGUCUUCCUGAUUCUCGGUCCAUCUCUCAUGAUUACGACAAUGAUUCAGCUGCACUGAUGAUGUCACUCAGAUUGACUCCUCCUCUUCCUCUGGUCUUUCUGCUUAUGGUUUCAAGAGUCGUGUCCCAGUCGAAGUGGAGUGUGACUUAUACACGUAGCUCCAUCUGUGCUCUAAAGGGAUCGACAGUGAUCAUGGGCUGCACAUACACAUAUCCAACUGAUUACACAGUUCAGAGAACUUUCUGGACCAGACAGUUGCUUACAAAUGAAGAGCCUCCUGAUCUGUAUUCAGACCCAAAGUACAGAAACAGGAUUCAAUACCUCAGAGACUACUGGAAUGACUGCCGACUCAGACUGAGUGAUGUGACAGAACAGGACCAAGGCAAAUACUACUUCAGAUUUCUAACAAACAAAGGAGAAAAGUAUCAAGGUAAAGAUGGAGUUGACCUUUCUGUCACAGAUCUCUGGGUGGACAUGAUUCCUGGUAGAGUUGUUGAGGGAGAUGAAGUUACUCUCACAUGUAAAACCUCCUGCAGUCUGACUAAGACUCCAAAGUUGACCUGGUACAAAGAUGGAAGUUAUUUCUCCUCCUCUAACCCGCUCCAUCUGCCAUCAGUCAGCCAGGGGGAUGCAGGCAGCUACAGAUGUUCUGUACAGGGACAAAGUUAUGGCUCCCCUGCUGUCACUCUUGAUGUACAAUAUCCUCCAAAGAGAGUCUUAGUGUCCAUCAGUCCCUCUGGUGAGAUAAUGGAGGACAGUUCAGUGACUCUGACCUGCAGUAGUGAUGCUAACCCACCUGUACAGAGCUACACCUGGUAUAAGGGAAGAUCCUCUAUAAGUACAGGAAACACCUUCACCAUGAGCAGGAUCAGAUCUGAGGACAGUGGAGAGUUCACGUGCAGGGCUGAGAAUAAACAUGGAGGUCUAUUGUCUACUGCUGUGUCUCUUAAUGUUCUGUAUCCUCCAAAGAAUGUCUCAGUGACCAUCAGUCCCUCUGGUGAGAUAGUGGAGGGCAGUUCAGUGACUCUGACCUGCAGCAGUGAUGCUAACCCACCUGUACAUCGCUACACCUGGUAUAAGGUGAAUGAAAGCUCACCUGUAGGAUCUGGACUUAGUUACAGCUUCACACUGACCUCCAGCAGCAGUGGAUGGUUUUACUGUGUGGCUCAGAAUAUAUACGGGAGUCAGAAAGCACCUGAAGUGGGUCUGACAUUAAAUGACGGCAAGAGUGUACUUCUGUUUGUUGUUCUUGGAGUGAUUUUUGGAUGUUCACUUGUCAUCGUUGUGGUUUUAUACAUGAGGAGAAAGAGAACAAGAGGUUCAGCUGAUAAUGUCGAGUCUAGUCAGAACGUUUCCACCAGUCCUCCUGAUGACACAUACACAGGUCUUGAUCUUCAGACCAGGUCCAACGAUGUGUACUACACACUUGCAACGGUCCACUCGAGUCUUCCUGAUUCUCGGUCCAUCUCUCAUGAUUACGACAAUGAUUCAGCUGCACUGAUGAUGUCACUCAGAUUGACUCCUCCUCUUCCUCUGGUCUUUCUGCUCAUGGUUUCAAGAGUCGUGUCCCAGUCGAAGUGGAGUGUGACUUAUACACCGAGCUCCAUCUGUGCUCUAAAGGGAUCGACAGUGAUCAUGGGCUGCACAUACACAUAUCCAACUGAUUACACAGUUCAGAGAACUUUCUGGACCAGACAGUUGGUUACAAAUGAAGAGCCUCCUGAUCUGUAUUCAGACCCAAAGUACAGAAACAGGAUUCAAUACCUCAGAGACUACUGGAAUGACUGCCGACUCAGACUGAGUGAUGUGACAGAACAGGACCAAGGCAAAUACUACUUCAGAUUUCUAACAAACAAAGGAGAAAAGUAUCAAGGUAAAGAUGGAGUUGACCUUUCUGUCACAGAUCUCUGGGUGGACAUGAUUCCUGGUAGAGUUGUUGAGGGAGAUGAAGUUACUCUCACAUGUAAAACCUCCUGCAGUCUGACUAAGACUCCAAUGUUGACCUGGUACAAAGAUGGAAGUUAUUUCUCCUCCUCUAACCCGCUCCAUCUGCCAUCAGUCAGCCAGGGGGAUGCAGGCAGCUACAGAUGUUCUGUACAGGGACAAAGUUAUGGCUCCCCUGCUGUCACUCUUGAUGUACAAUAUCCUCCAAAGAGAGUCUCAGUGUCCAUCAGUCCAUCUGGUGAGAUAAUGGAGGACAGUUCAGUGACUCUGACCUGCAGUAGUGAUGCUAACCCACCUGUACAGAGCUACACCUGGUAUAAAGGAAGAUCCUCUAUAAGUACAGGAAACACCUUCACCAUGAGCAGGAUCAGAUCUCAGGACAGUGGAAAGUUCACGUGCAGGGCUGAGAAUAAACAUGGAGGUCUAUUGUCUACUGCUGUGUCUCUUAAUGUUCUGUAUCCUCCAAAGAACAUCUCAGUGUCCAUCAGUCCCUCUGGUGAGAUAGUGGAGGGCAGUUCAGUGACACUGACCUGCAGCAGUGAUGCUAACCCACCUGUACAUCGCUACACCUGGUAUAAGGUGAAUGAAAGCUCACCUGUAGGAUCUGGACAGAGUUACAGUUUCACACUGACCUCCAGCAGCAGUGGAUGGUUUUAUUGUGUGGCUCAGAAUAUAUACGGGAGUCAGAAAGCACCUGAAGUGGUUCUCACAUUAAAUGGGGGCAGGAGUGCACUUCUGUAUGUAGUACCUGGAAUCAUUUUUGGAUGUGGAUGUUUACUUGCAAUUGUUGGUGUUUCGUUCAUGAGGAGAAAGAGACGCAGUGGUACAGCUGAUGAUGCAAAGUCAAGUCAGGAAUGUACCUAUAGCAGUGUUAACGUGAGUCCUGCAAACAACAGUCCAACACCUCAUCCAGACCUGGUCAAUCAGAAUGAUCUUCAUUAUGCCAGUAUCCAGCACAGGAGGCCAGGACGUUCUCCAAUCCAGGCCUCUGGCUCUACUGCUGAUGAGCUGGUUCAGUAUGCUACUGUCCAGCACCGGCAUCACAGAGUGAUAGAGACCCAAGAGCAUGAAGAGGAGUAUGCUAAUGUCAAAAUUAAUAUCACUGGUGCUGCCUACAGAUAAGAAAAUGUGUGUCACUUAAAUACAACUUAAUUAGUCCUUAACUAAUUAAUGCUUUUACACUUUAAUAAUGCAUCAUCUUUUGGUGCAGAUCUGAUGCUCCUGCUUCUGUGAUUUACAGCAGCUGAAGAAAACCGAUUCCACAGAUCUGUUCAGGGCAAGUGUCCUCUGAACAUUUACUCAGUUAUAGGCAUUUGAAAAAAACAGCUAAAGAAAGAAGACAAGAAAUUCUUUGGCUAUUAAUCACAUACAUUAUUUUCAUAAUUAUACAUUUUCAGCAUGAUCAUUUUAUUUAAAAAAUCCUAUUCCAUCAUUUAAAUCCUAUUGGAUAAUUGUUUGUUGUACUCCAAAAACAUUUCAUCACAUUUACAGUUACAUUUUAAUGCACAGAUUACUUGUGUAUUAAAAUCCUGUCCAUUCUGAAAUAACACUUGAAACUGAUUUACUCAUAAUUUACACAAUUACCAAAAGUUGGUCCAAAAGUAUGUGCCGACCCUCACGCCUGUUCUUCAAACAAACCGCUGCCACACAGUUAAAAGUUUACAAUUAUACUGAAUGUCUUUAUGUACCAUAACAUUACAAUUUACCUUCACUGGAACUAAGAGCAUGACUAAGAGCAAGUUCCAGCAUGACAAUGUCCUAUGCACAAAGAAGCUCCAUGAAGACAUGGUGUGUUAAAGUUGGAGAAUCUUUAAGAGCCAAGAUCUCAACCCCAAUGAACACCUUUAGGAUGAACUGGAACACCAACUGCAGCACAGACCUCCUUACCAGACAACAAUGGCUGACCUAACUAAUUUUGUGGCAGAAAAUUCUGACAGCUAUACUGUAGUUGUAAACCUUUCCAGAAGCAUAUAAAUAGUUAGCAAGAUAGAUAAAAACAAAGACCAAUACAUUACCAAUACCAAUAUAUUACCAAUAUAUUACUUUGCUUUUAAAUUAACUGGAAAAUAUAUUUUUUAAAUUAUUGUUUUUCACAAUAUUUGUUGUUUUGCUGUGUGUUCAU